AUGGCGGAAAACCUCAAAGUUACUGCUGCAUUGAAAGAAACUGCUCAUAUUUUUCACAAAAUUGGGGAUGAAUAUGAAGAAAGUGCCAAAAGAGAUUUAGAACCAUUAUUAGAUUCACUUUAUUGCUAUAAAGGCCUUUUCGCUGUAACUCCUGAUAUUUUUCACGUCUAUAAGUCCGCGGUAUCGAAAUUGCAUGAAAAUGAACGAUUAUCGAUGGAAGGAAAAGUGUGUGCCUCAGAAUCUGAAAAAGUCCGAUCGCGUUUCGAUUCGGUAAGCUAUGCAAUGCUAGCUGAAAUUGAUUAUCAACAUCGAGAACGUGGUGAAGAUUUUAAAAAUAUGAUGGCUGCUUUUAUGGAAAGACAAGCUACCUUUUAUGAAAAUCUUAGC